AUGCAGCUCUGCCUGCUCCUCUGCCUGGCGCUGCUCAGCCCACAGGGCGCCAGCCUCCACCACCGGCACUUCUGGACCAAGAAGAGGGCCAGGGAGCUGCCGGCCACGGCCACGGCCGCCGUGGCCACGGCCACGGCCACCACGGCCGCCACAGCCACCCCUGCUCACAGGAACUUCACCUUUGACCUCUUCAGGGCCUUGGUGGCCGCCAGCCCCGGCCAGAACGUCUUCUUCUCCCCGCUGAGCGUCGCCAUGCCGCUGGCCAUGGUCUCCCUGGGGGCGCGGGCCCGCACGAAGGCGCAGAUCCUGGAGGGCCUGGGCCUCCACGCCCGGGGGGCCCCCGAGGAGGAGGCCGCGCUGCACCGGGGCUUCCAGCGGCGGCUGCAGGGGCUGCGCCGGCCCCGGGGGGACCUGCAGCUGAGCCUGGGCAGCGCGCUGUUCGUCCGGCCGGCCGUGCGCGUCCGGGACGCCGUCCUGAGCGCCCUGAGGACCCUGUACCUGGCCGACGCCGUGCCCACCUGCUUUGAGGACCCCGCGGUGGCCCAGAGGCAGAUCAACGCGUACGUGGCCCAGCGGACGGAGGGCAGGAUCGUGGACCUGGCGAAGGACCUGGACAGCUCCGAGGUCCUGGUCCUGGUGAGCUACAUCUUCUUCAGAGCUAAGUGGGAGACGCGCUUUGACCCUCAGAGCACCCGCCAGCAGGCCUUCCACGUGGUCCCGCAGACGACGGUGCAGGUGCCCAUGAUGAGGCGCGAGGGCGAGUUCGACUACCUCCUGGACCGCAGCCUCUCCUGCAGGGUCGUGAGGCUGCCCUACCACGGCAACGCCACGGCCCUCUUCAUCCUCCCCGGCGAGGGCCGCAUGAAGAAGGCGGAGGCCGGCCUGGACCAGCACACCCUGGCCAGGUGGCUCAGGAAGCUCACCAAGAGGAGGCUCCAGCUCUCCCUUCCCAAGUUCUCCAUCGAGGGCUCCUACCAGCUGGAGAAGGUCCUCCCCACGCUGGGCAUCCGGGACCUCUUCACCUCCCGCGCCAACCUGGCCGGCUUCACCAACCACUCCGACAUCCAGGUGUCCCAGAUGGUGCACAGAGCCGUGGCAGAGGUGGACGAGGCGGGGACGCAGGCGGCCGCAGCCACGGGCGUGGUGGUCGCGUUCCGGUCGGCCCGAGUGGGCGCUCAGACGAUGGUGUUCGACAGGCCCUUCCUGCUGGCCAUCGUGAGCGCGGAGGGCGUGCUCUUCCUGGGCAAGGUGGUCCGCCCCGCGGGGGGGCCCGCCCCCUCCCCCGCCCCCGCCCCCUGA